CGCUGAAACGUCAUCAAUGUGCGACGAAAGUGGGUGAAAGAUUAAGGAAACCUUCUCUACCAGCGGAAACAAUUGAACGAUAGGCGUUGUUGUGAUUUGUUUGCAAUGAGUUUAAAUAGGCUUGUUGUUUUUUCCAAAUCAGUAAGAUGUAAAAAUUUACUGACACCCCUAAUCGGACAAUUUAGGAGUGUCACUACAAUUCAGUCGCAGCGGUCAUUUAGGACUUACGCACGCAAUCUUGUCUAUGCUAAAGACUUGUUUCUUGGCAAAGUAAACAAGGCAGAAGUUUUUCCUUAUCCAGAAAUUGAUAAAGAAGAGCUCGAGGAGAUCAAACAAUUUGUGGGUCCUGUGGAGAAGUUCUUUAACGAGGAUGUUGACUCAAAGCGGAUCGAUCAUGAAGCCAAGAUUCCGUCGGAAACCCUGAAUGGGCUGAAGGAGUUGGGGCUCUUUGGGAUGCAGGUGCCCGAGGAAUAUGGUGGACUUGGCUUAUCAAAUACCAUGUAUGCCCGUCUGGGUGAGAUUAUAUCUUUGGAUGGCUCCAUCGCUGUCACUCUGGCCGCUCAUCAAGCUAUCGGCCUAAAGGGGAUCCUGAUUGCUGGGAAUGAGCAGCAGAAGGUGAAGUACCUGCCGAAGUUGGCAGCAGGGCAACAUGUGGCAGCUUUCUGUCUGACGGAGCCAGGGAGUGGUAGUGAUGCUGCAUCCAUCCAGACACGAGCUACACUGACUGAGGAUGGGAAGCAUUUCCUGAUCAAUGGAUCCAAGAUCUGGAUUUCUAAUGGAGGACUGGCAGAUAUUUUCACAGUUUUUGCUCGAACUGAGGUUGUUGACAAAGAUGGGCAGAAGAAGGACAAAAUCACAGCGUUCAUUGUGGAGAGGGAGUUUGGGGGGGUCACCAAUGGCGCCCCUGAAGACAAGCUGGGCAUCAGGGGCUCCAACACCUGCGAAGUGGUGUUUGAUAACACCAAGGUGCCAAUCGAGAACGUAAUCGGAGAAGUUGGUGGUGGAUUUAAGGUGGCAAUGAAUAUCUUGAACAGUGGACGGUUCAGUAUGGGCGGUGCCUGUGCUGGCAUGAUCAAGAAGCUGAUAGAGCUAACGUCAGAGUAUGCUGGGACAAGAAAGCAAUUCAACAAGAGCCUCAGUGAGUUUGGAAUGAUCCAAGAGAAGUUUGCCACCAUGGCACUAAACGCCUUCGUGAUGGAGAGCAUGGCCUAUCUGACCGCCGGCAUGAUGGACCGGCCCGGCAUGCCGGACUGCUCUGUGGAAGCGGCCAUGGUGAAGGUGUUCAGCUCUGAGGGGGCGUGGAUAUGCGUCAGCGAGGCCCUGCAGGUGCUCGGGGGCCUGGGCUAUGUCAAGAACUACCCAUUCGAGCGCUUCCUCAGGGACUGCCGGAUUCUGCUCAUCUUCGAGGGAACCAAUGAAAUACUGAGGAUGUACAUCGCUCUCACUGGAAUGCAGUAUGCUGGAAAAAUACUGACCGGGAAGAUUAAGGAGAUGAAGAAAGGGAACGUAGGUGUGGUCCUGCAGAUGCUGGGGAAGAAGGUGCGAGAGUCGGUGAGCAGUACGGUGGACCUGGGCCUGACCGGGAAUGACGGCGUGGUACACCCCAGCCUGGCGGACAGUGCAAAGAAGUUUGAAGAGAACGUGUACUACUUUGGCACCACCGUUGAAAGCUUGCUUUACAGAUACGGAAAGACGAUUGUGGACGAGCAGCUGGUUCUGAAGAGAGUAGCAGAUGUGCUUAUUAACCUCUACGCCAUGACAGCUGUCCUGUCACGUGCCAGUCGGUCCAUCAGCAUCGGCCUCCGCAACCACGACCACGAGGUGCUUCUUGCAAACACGUUCUGCUCUGACGCUUACUUCAAAAACAACUUCCUGAUGGCUCAGCUUCAGAAGAAUGCUCCAGAGAACAAUGAUGACAGCAUGAAGAAGAUUGCCAAGGAGGUCCUGGAAAAGAGGGCAUACAUCUGCUCCCAUCCUCUUGAAAGAACCUUCUGAUGUCUCCCCUGUGGACAGUAACCCCAAUGAAUCUCCUAUGUGAUUGUUCAGUGAUUUCCGUCCAUGAGUUUCACUGCUUGAAUGUAUUUCGUCGUAGGGACGUUGAAGCCCUGUAGAUAUAUAACAGACUCUGACGCUAAAUUUAAAAUGUUAAUUAAAUGCACAGUUUGUUAAAACACACUAUAAAGUGCCUAUUAAGGGUGGGUAACUGUUUUAGACCAUGAAUAAUUAACUAGAAGCAUUUAUUUUGGUUAAUGCAUCUGUGGACAGGGGUGCAGUAGAUCGAUUGGUGCUGUAGACUCAAUUCCUUGAACUGAUGGGUGUUAUUCAAAGGAGCUUUUGUAGCUGCCUUUGCCCAAACACCAAGGGUAGGAGGGUCAGGGGCUCUGACUCUGGGACUCUGACUCUGGGACUCUGACUCUGGGACUCUGACUCUGGGACUCUGACUCUGGGACUCUGACUCUGGGACUCUGACUCUGGGACUGUGUCUGAAUUCAGGGGCUACAACCUUCAUGCGCUGUGUCCUUCGAUGGUUCUCUAAAAAUCCAUGCAGCCAAUCUUGGGAUAUGGUUGGUUGAGAAAGAUCAAUCGGUGCCUCUUUCAUGACUUGGGAGAAGACAUAGAGGCCAAUAAGCUCCAUGUGGGCGAUGUGAGGUUCCUUCCCUUGGGAGCACCAGAUACACUUCUACACGUGCCUCUUCCUGCUGACCAUCAACCAGAGCUGCACUCACUCCCUGCUAGUGAUUUUGCUGUCAACUUCUGCCCAUGUAAUCAGAGUUCCUACCUGGUGUGCGUCUCACACACCGGCCUGCAGGGGGCAUGGUGAUUAGGGAGCUGCUGUCAGUGGUGCAAGUUCUGGAUAGUGUCCCUGAGCAAGACUUUGGAAAUAAUUGAGACUUGGGUGCAGGUAAAAGUAAAAUGGAUAAGUUUUUAUUUAGCAUUCAUACAAUAAUGCCACUUGUUAAACAACCCAGAACUCCACAGCAGGAGCGAACCUUUGAUGUAAGGUAAUUAUAAACGCGGAAGAAUACAGAUUCCUGAUAAAAGCUGUCCCUAAAAGAUGAGUUUGCAAAAGUACAAAGGGAGUUUGAAAGAUGUGACCGAUCUCUGUGAGUUCAGUUAUAAUUAGUGGAACCUGCUUGGACAUAAUUUGACUUACUGCUGUCUAACUCCAAAGUUGUCUUAUUUAUAAAUGGUAACAAUAAAAUCUGAAAUAAUGAA